AUGGGUUUGGAGGAGCAAUGCUCAGACUCUGAGCCGGUGCCAUGCCAGGUUGGCAGGUGCACACGGCAUCUACGGAGGAAGCUGCACCCGGUGCGUGCUCUGCUUCUCCUCUUCAGUCUGCUAGCAAUAAGCACGGUCCCUUUGUCCUUCAGUGCCUUCACACAGGGCUCUGGCCUGCUGGACACAGCUGCUUUUCCACACCGGACACUGCUAUCUACACAGCACCAGAACCAACAGAACCUAUCUGAGGACAUGCCCAUGGCCCUGCGUCUAUCGUCUGAUGGUAACGGCUCUAAGGAUCAGGGCGAUUAUCCCCCUGAUAUUUUCAGCGUAGAAACGAGGCGUCAGGGUGCUGUGGUUCUGCACGUGUUUGGAAUGCUGUACAUGUUCAUCGCCUUAGCCAUCGUCUGUGACGAAUUCUUUGUCCCUGCACUGACUGUUAUUACAGAGAAGCUGGCUAUCUCUGAUGAUGUAGCUGGGGCGACGUUUAUGGCGGCAGGUGGCUCCGCCCCAGAACUCUUUACCUCUGUCAUAGGAGUCUUUAUCUCCCGUAGCAAUGUGGGUAUCGGCACCAUCGUUGGCUCAGCCGUUUUCAACAUCCUAUUUGUCAUUGGCAUGUGCGCUGUCUUCUCCAAGGAGAUCCUGAAUCUCACAUGGUGGCCUCUGUUCAGAGACGUUUCCUUCUACAUCCUGGAUCUCAUCUUGCUCAUCAUUUUUUUCCUGGAUAACUACAUCACCUACUGGGAGAGCAUUAGCCUCCUGCUGGCCUAUGCGAGCUAUGUGCUCUUCAUGAAGUAUAAUGCUAAAGUGGAGAAUGUGGUCAAAGGUCUCAUGAACAGAAAUCAGGUGGUGGAAGUGGAGGCCCAGCCUAAGGGGAGUCCGGGGACAGUGGAGGAUGAGACCAAGCUGUCGGCUAAGCCCCGCCUCCAGAGAGGGGGCAGCUCUGCCUCUCUACACAACAGCCUGAUGAGGAAUAGCAUCUUUCAGCUGAUGAUCCACACUCUGGAUCCCCUCAGUGAAGAAUUUGCUGAUUCUGAACUUGGGACAUAUGGCAAGCUAAAAUAUUAUCACUCAAUGACGGAGGAAGGGAAGUUCAGGGAGAAAGCUUCCAUACUACACAAGAUUGCUAAGAAGAAAUGUCAGGUAGAGGAUGCAAAUGGAAUAGCAGAUAAGAAUCUUCCAAACAGCUCCAGUGUGGAAGUGGAGGUCACGCCACCCAUGAAUGGCACUGCUGGUCAAGAGGGGGAUGCAGGUGAUGAUGAUGAUGAUGAAGACCAGCCUCUCAGCCUGGCCUGGCCGGAGACCAACCGAAAGCGCUUCACAUACCUCUUCAUUCUGCCCAUUGUUUUUCCUUUGUGGAUCACUUUGCCCGAUGUCCGAAAACCAACCUCCAAGAAGUAUUUUCCUAUUACAUUCCUGGGGGCUAUUUGCUGGAUUGCUUGCUUCUCUUACCUCAUGGUAUGGUGGGCACACCAGGUUGGUGAAACCAUCGGGAUUACAGAGGAGAUUAUGGGUUUGACCAUUUUAGCAGCAGGAACCUCCAUUCCAGACCUGAUCACCAGCGUUAUAGUGGCCCGGAAAGGCUUAGGGGACAUGGCUGUGUCCAGCUCUGUCGGCUCUAACAUUUUUGACAUCACCGUGGGGUUACCGUUUCCAUGGCUGCUGUACUCUUUCAUAAAUGGCCUUCGUCCCGUGGGCGUUAGCAGCAAUGGCCUGUUCUGCACCAUUGUGCUGCUCUUCCUGAUGCUCCUGUUCGUCAUCAUUUCCAUUGCUGCCUGCAGGUGGAAGAUGAGCAAGCUGCUGGGCUUCAUCAUGUUCAUGCUCUAUGUGGUCUUCCUGGUGGUCAGUGUUUUGCUGGAAGACAGGAUCAUCUUUUGCCCUGUCACCAUUUGA